GUCAUUGGUAUGUUUCGCAGAUGCAUAAGUUCUCAGUUGAACCGCCUGCUGGUCUGUUCUCGGCCCAGUCCCUACCUCAAGACCUGGACAAAGUUUAAGAGCAAUGACUCUCACAGCAAUCCUUCCAGCUGGCAGCCUUCGAUUACCUCCUUCCAGUUUGAGCCUCCAAUGUGCGGCGGCAUUCUUACCACCGAUCUUAGCAAACCCGGCCCAUCACCUUCUAUAAAACAGGUUCGUCAGAAGGUCUGCAUUGUGGGCAGAGUUCGCAACUUGAAAGUCAGUGGUAACAGUCAUCCUGGGAAUGGCUUUCUUCUUAAUCGCAAAGGUAGGCUGUACCACAAGGAUACUAGCAGGGACCCUAGGGACUUCCAUGGCCGCCCAAGGCCUCGGCCCGUAAAUCAAAGAUACAACAAGAAAAUCAGCAAACGGCUAAAUCAGCUGAUGAGCGAAGGUGUUGACGGAACGCCAAGAACACAUAGCAGAAGAGAAGAGAUCCAAGUAAUUAGGGAGUCUCCCAAAUCCCGUUCUGAUAGGUCAUAUCCAGAUGACACUGAGGACACCGAGUACUACGAGUACCAGGAUCCUGGAAAUUCCAUUCGAAAUUUUAUAACAAUGCUCGUGUCAAAGGGAAAAAAAGUUAGACAACAGCUGGAGGAGGGCAAGCGGGCUGACCUAAUGAAGUAUCAUCCCGGAAUCAUGGAAAAAAUGCAGCGUUAUCAUUAUAAAUAUAAAAAGCACAAGCGUAUAAGGCCAAGGCCAAAAGUUCGAAAGACACAGUAUAAUGACAGGCCCAUAGAUUCCGCAGUUCUUGAUGUUUUCAGAAGACCACAAAAAGAAGAAGUGAUCAUGCUAGGUGGAAAAUCCAAAGUCACUUCAAAUUCAAAAUCAAGUGAAGAAGGAAGGACAAGUGGCUGCCAAGAAGAAUCUGUCAAGGAUAAAGAAAUACCUACAAGUUCUUUGGAGAUAAUGAAGGCUCGUGAAGAGAAGCUAAUAUGUAAGGCCCAGGAGGAAACCAACGGUCGUCUGCAGUCUCUGAAGAAAACUACAUCCAUUGAGAUCAAACCUCCUGAAAAUAUGAACAGUGAUAAAGUACAACCAAAAGUUAGUCAGAGUCAACAGAAAACUAAUGAUCAACAGACCCCCUUUUCUUCUUCAGGACAAGAAAUAAAAAACAAGAAGAUCGACGGAAAUCUACAAAAGUCUUGUGAUUGUUAUAAUAAAUUUAAACUAGAACUGGUUGAUCCAUAUUCAGAAUAUUGUAACUCAGAUCAGAAGAAACCAGGCAGAUUCUAUGACAUCUUUAAGAACAAGAACCACAAACAUCUUUGGGAACAUACUGAAUAUAAACCUGGAAGUCAAAAAAGUCCCAAUUACGAAUCCUGUGAUAAGCCAACAGAUUCUUCGAGUUUGGAUGAUCAAUCUUGCAACGAAAGCCUGCACGACUUGUUUAAGGACCAGGUUCAUCAGAAUCUUUGGGAACUCGAUGAUAAUGAUAGGAAUAAGGGUUCUACAAAAGAUGACUACUGUAAAUGCUUUCAAAUGUUAGAUGAAAAAGAUAAGGUGAAGUUUCGAAUUGCGGAAUUGAUGGCCAAAUGUAUGUUCCUAGUAGAAAAGAAAAUAGAAGCGGAAGAUGGAGAAUCUUGCAAUGGGAAAGAGUUUGAUAAGGACGAGAAUGCAUCCAAAUUGGUGAAAAAUUUCUGGAAGCAUUACAUGCAGUGCCGCAAGAGUCAAGGAAAUGAUGUUUGUAGAAGGUCAAAAUCAAGCAUUACAAACUUGGAAAGUACGGACCAUUGCAUUAUGGAGCAUGUUGAUGUCAUUGUUAAGCAGUGCGAACGCAUAAAGCAAGCAAUAGAAAGUCGUUCCCUGAAGAAGAAGUGCACUAAAGAAAGCCUUAACAAAAGCAUAAAAGAUGAAUUGAGAAAAGCUGAAGAAGAAUUAGAGAAACAAGAGGGAUGUGUCAAUGAUAAAACAUCUGGAAAAGCGGAAAAAUGCGAUGAGGAUCUUGUAGAGAAAAUGAAACGUGUAAUAGAAGAGUUGCAAGAAAAGCUAGCAGAAGAUGAAGGAAAGACGAAAUGUGAUCAAAGCUCAAAAGAAUGUCUUUCCGAGUUAAAAAAGAAAUGCUUAGAAAUGGAAUUAGAAGAAAAGUGUGAAGAAGAGAAAUUAAGGGAGAAAUGUGCUUUAGAAGAAUUGAAGGACAAAUGUUCUCAGGAAUAUGAAAGUAAAAACCAAUCAGAAGAGGAUUUACAAGAGAAAUUUAAAAAGUUCAAAAAGAAAUGUAAAGAACAAGAACUAAAGAAACAUUGUGCCAAAGAGAAGCUAGAAGAUAAAUGUGCAGAAGAAGAAUUAAAACAGAAAUGCGCAGAAGAAGAACUAAAAGAAAAGUGUAAAUUGGAAGAAUUAAAAAAGAAAUGUGCCUUUCAAAAAUUCAAAGAGAAAUGCGAGGAAGCGGAGCUUGAGGAAAGAUGUGCCAGAGAAGAGGAGAGAAGAAAGUGCCAAGAACUCUCUCUGAGAAGAAGAUGUGCAGAAUUUAGCUUAAGAAAAAGAUGUGAAAAUUAUGCAAAACAGAUGAGAAAACCAAAAGAUGAUAAAACCAAAGAUUCAGAAGACGAACUAAGGAAAAAGUGUGCUGAACUUGAACUCGGAAAAAAACGAGAAGAAGACGAACUUAAGAAGAAGAGUGCUGAAGAAAAUGACAAGAAGCAAGAUCCAGGUAAGAAAAACAAGAGCACCUUUGAAAAAAUUAAGAAGAAGGUUGGCCUGACGGGAAAAAGCAAAAAGGAUGAUAAGCCUGUAGAUAAGUUUGCCCUAAUUAACCUAAGGAAAUGGUAUGAUAUCCUCGAAAGAAGGAAGAAAUCAGCAGAAGAAGAAAUCAGAAACUGGAGGGCGAGGAACGAAUUGAAGAGACUGCGAAAGGAAAAAGAACUUAUUAAGCAGCUGCAGGAUCAAGGGAGAAAAGAGAACCCAGAAAGUAAGAACCGAUUCGAGAUCCAAGGGUUAGGUUUAUUCCUGCGAACAGGCUUAGCCAGACCAAAGAGAGGAUAUCAGGAGUUGGAUCAGUGUGAUCCCAUCCUGCAAAAGGGUAGCCGAGAAAGGUUCCCCAAUCCGUGCCUGUGGCCUCUACUUCCACGAUCUGCCUUUCUGUACAAACCAACUGCACCGCCAACUCCAUUGCUGGAGAAGAGCUGCUGCCCUCGCGGACUGCUGCCCGAACUGAAAGCACUGACCAUCAACGAUACCCUUGGGGUGCUCUGGCUCAGUCGAAUAACACCCUCUAAUCCUUUCAGUAAACGGGGCUACAAAAGGGACGAACUACGAAAAGGUUCGUCCUUGUUGUGGCCCUUUGCUGCAAUUAUUAGAGGGAAAUGCGAUGAUGAGUCUAGCCUAAAGAUAUAACCAGAACAAAGGUGCGAUGAGUUCCGGAUGAUGUGCUACUGUCUGAUGAUGCCAAUUAAAAGGAAAACAUUUUCGAAUUCCUAUCCAAACUAACAAUAGCCGAAAUAAACAGAAAACCAACAAUCUGAAAGUAAAGCUAGCUAAAUCAAAACAGCAUUUCAUAUUGAACUUUUACUUAGUAAAUUAAAUUCAAAGAUAUCUUAUGAAGGGAUAUCUGGGAAAGAGCCUACAAAUUGGAAAUUGAUACCGGUUUCCUAAUAUUGCCUCAUGAAUAAAUAUAAAUGAUUGCAGACA